UCGCUAUAUCGAUAUAGCUCAUCGGUCACAACAUUUUUCGUAACACCUCUUUGAGAUUCGCGCCCUAUUUUUUUUCCUGAGAACACCACCUUGAUGGAGACGCUGUCAUGCGCACUAACGCAGCACCUGAUUGAGGUCACAAAAUUUGUUACAACACCGCUUUGAGAUUCGCGCCCUAUUCUUUUCUGAGAACACCGCCUUGAUGGAGACGCUGUCAUGCGCACUAACACAGCACCUGGCGUCAAGCGUUAAUGAGCUCUCGACACCAAGUUUGCCCCCGAAAAACGCUAACAACCCAGCCGUAAGCAUGCUAACAGCGGUACGGUUCAUGGUGUCCAAACUUUUGUCUCCGCUGUGGAGAGCAGUUGAUGUGGAUGGUGAGAGCAUUUUCGCCGAUGGCCCAGACGCAGGAGACAUACGCCACCUGCAGGGCAACGUGGUAACGCAGCUGAGUUUGGACCAUGGGAUGAUAGACGACACCAUCUACUUUACAAGUAAAGAGGUGUUGGGUGGAGUCCCACUUAAAGAAGGAGAUCUUGUAAACUGCAUAGCCAUACGAUGUGGUGCUGAAGAGGGGUGGAAAGCUGUAAGGGUGGAGAAGUGUGUAGAUGGCUGGGAGGAUGAUGGAAGAGGCUGCUCAGAGGCCGACACAAUGCAACUACAACCGCUCAUUGGAACCGUUACAUCAUUUGAUGGAGACUUUGGUUACGUUAAUGAGUCCACUUACUUCUCGCAACACAGUCUGUCUGACGGUUAUAUUCCAAUGAAAGGAGACUGGGUCCAAGUCAAGUAUUUCGUCAAUCCCACAAAAUGGACCACGCAGGCACAUUCUGUGGCCCCUUUACGCUACAGCCGCCUAGAUCAAGUGCGCGUUACCAGCAUGUUUGGUAACAAAGGAGUGGUGGAGGACAGUGUUUUUUUCACCUUGGACUCUCUGUUGAUGCCUGCUUUCUACCAGCCUCGGCCAGGAGACCUGGUGAACUUGGUAAUGGUGGAGAGCAGUCAGUCCCUCUAUUGCUGGAGGGCUCUGUGCAUGGCACCGUGCUCUCAGAGUGAAAAUGGUUCCAUGUCUCCCGUCGUUGAUGGUGAACUCCAAGGAGUAUUACAAAACAUAGAAGGACUGGACAUUUCUGACUAUGGCCAGUUUGGGGGCUUAAUGUUGGGGGAAAAAGGGGCUCUGGUAUUCUGGAUACAAAAUUUAGGCUCUGAGAACCAUACGUUGAAGUGUUGUGGCUUUGCUGGCUGGGACUCUGAGGAACAGUUCAUGUUGGGUGCGGUCAGUAAAUCCACCGCAGAGUCCCAGAGGCCGCGACCUGUGCAAGAAGAAAGUUCCGAGUCUCUAGGGAAGCAUAGCGAUGGAAACAUGAAAGAGGCAGAAGAAGAACUUGAUGCAAAAGACAAAAUCCACCCCGGUGUAGAAAGAGGACAAGACUUCAAUAUGGAGAUCCUGCCUGGAGAAAGAGUGUCGAUCAUAAUAAACUGCCAAGCAAAAAGCCUGGGAAGUUGUGCUGAGCUCCUCCUGUUGAGAUUCUCCUCUUUCACCAUUGGGAGGCGCCUGGAAGUUAGAGUUUGCAGUGAGGAUGAAAACCUGCUGAAGCCCCGUGGGCCUUUUGUUUUCAGCGAUAAAAGACUGCAAGAACCAACAGCCUAUCAAGUAAUCACAGUGUCCGCUCCAAGGGAUACACAGAGGUUUAGUAAACGCCGGCUGCCGAAUUUCACACCAGCCUACCCAGUUCCUCAGGCUCUAAGGGACUGUGUGGAGCGGUCUGGUGACGUCUUGGUGAUUAAGCCCUGCCUUGGAGAGGUGCUGUCACCUUCCAACAUGCAAUCCCGAUUCUCCACCCUGCUUUGGCUGGAGGAGCUUCAUGCAGAAAAAGAAAUGAAAGAGUUCUCCAUCGUCGGAGCACUUCUCAGGAAAGGAGCCGUCCACCUGCACCUCGAGGUCCUCGGCUUGUCUGAGGGACGACCUCAUCUCAAUAUAGGCGACAAAAUUACACUGAAGAAACCACAGACAAACGGAGUUGUAAUUGAAUACACUAGUUAUGUCACUGAGAUUGAUGAGGAGGAAGUGAGUCUGAGAGUAAACACAGACUUUCAGCGGAGUUACUUGGGUGAGCCGCUUGAUGUUGAGUUCUGUCUCAACAGGCUGCCCAUGCGGCGAUGUCACCAUGCACUUGAGCAAACGAAACACUUUAGAGAUGUUCUCUUCCCCUCCAGAGUGACUCUACAGACUCCUCAGUGGAAUGGACAAUGGCUAAAAGAUGUAGACCAAAUCAAAGCGAUAAAAAAUGCAGAGAGCGCACCCACUCAAGAUGGAAAAGCAUCAACUGCUUCAGCUGAAAACAAGUCCAAGGCUCCACAAAUUGAAAGCACUGAUGGGGCAGUAUCCAUGCGUGCCAUCCCAGUCAGUGGGCAUUUUUUCAACCCGGUCCUUAACCCCGCUCAGAGGGAGGCAGUGAAGAGGAUCCUGGCAGGAGAGUGUCGGCCCAUUCCUUAUGUCCUCUUUGGUCCUCCGGGAACCGGAAAGACCAUCACCCUCAUAGAGGUCAUACUGCAGGUCUACCAUUUUCUCCCAAACAGUCGGAUUCUUGUCUGCACUCCAUCCAACAGUGCAGCUGACCUCAUCUGUACUCGCCUACAUUACAGUGGCUUCUUGGAGAAUGGAAGUCUUGCUCGCGUCAAUGCAUUUUCUAGGGAUAAUGAGUCUCUUCCAGAAGUACUGCGGCCUUAUGCGAAGGCCGGAGAAGACAUCCGUCAUGCGGCUUUUCACAGGAUUGUGGUCAGCACAUGCUCCAGUGCCGGGAUGUUCCACAACAUAGGAAUACGUGUUGGACAGUUUUCCCAUUUGUUUCUGGAUGAAGCCGGCCAAGCCACUGAGCCAGAGUCUAUGAUUCCCAUCAGCCUCAUCUCUGAGAAGGACGGACAGAUCGUGCUCGCUGGAGAUCCAUGCCAGUUGGGUCCAGUGGUGAAGUCGGAGGUUGCUUCAGUCUUUGGCCUGGGAGUGUCUUUGUUGGAGAGGCUGAUGACUAAUCCGUUGUACUCCAGACAGGACUCUGGUUAUGACCCCAAACUGGUGACCAAGCUGAUAUACAACUACCGUUCUCAUGAGGUGCUGCUCUCACUGCCCUCUAAGCUUUUCUACCACGGCGAACUGUCUUUCCAAGCUCCUAGAAGUGUUGUGGACUCCCUGUCUGAGUGGAACAGCCUCCCCAAAAAAGGCUUCCCACUCCUCUUUCAUGGUGUGAGGGGAACAGAAAUGCGAGAAGGCAGCAACCCGUCCUGGUUUAACCCUGUGGAGGCUGUGCAGGUCAUGAUGUACUGCUGCCAGCUGGCAAAGAAGCUCUACAAACCUGUGAAUGCUGCUGACAUUGGAAUCAUUGCUCCCUACAGGAAACAAUGUGAGAAGAUCAGGGUGCUGCUGGGUAAGGUGGGUUUGCAAGAUAUCAAAGUGGGUUCGGUGGAGGAGUUCCAGGGCCAAGAAUAUCUGGUCAUCAUCUUGUCAACGGUACGCUCCAAUGAAUCAGUGCAGAGCAACGAUUUGCAAAGUUUGCUCGGCUUUCUCUCAAACCCGAAGCGGUUCAACGUGGCCGUCACUCGUUCGAAAGCCCUCCUCUUGAUUGUUGGAAACCCCCACAUGCUUAUCAGAGAUCCGUGCUUUGGGGCUUUGCUGCAAUACUGUUACACCAAUGGGGCGUAUUUGGGCUGCGACCCACCUCUUUAUCUAAGAGACACCAAUGUGAGAUCUGAAGAAGUCUAGAGGAGUCUUUAAGUGGAAGAGGACAUCAAUCAUGGUGUCAAGCUAUCAACGGUUUUUUUUUCAUUUGUAUAAAAUUAACAAAUGCCUGUUUUUCUAGAGGCAGACACGGUUCUCUGGGGAGAAAAUAAAACAUUUGUAUUCUUGCACAAU